UGUGAACUCUUUCUUCAUGAUUCCUCCACAGCGUGGACCAGGAGAGUUCCGAGGUUCCCAGUGGUCAGUCUGCCCAGCAGCAUCAAACACAGCUGGACUCCAUAUUUAUGCUGCUGGAGGAGAACAUGGUCACUUUUGUGAAGAAUGAGCUGAAGAAGUUCCAGAAGGUUCUGAGUCCAGGGUACCCAGAAUGCUUAGAGAGUCCAAGGGAGGAUGAGGAGGUGCUGGGUGGUGAGGAUGAAGAACUGAGGAGGAGCAGCAGAGAGGCAUUUCUGAAGAUCACACUGAACUUCUUGAGGAGAAUGAAGCAGGAGGAGCUGGCUGACUAUCUGCAGAGCAAAUCUCCUGCUAUGUGCCAGCCUAGACUCAAAUCUAAUCUGAAGAAGAGGUUCCAGUGUGUGUUUGAGGGGAUCGCUAAAGUAGGAAACCCAACCCCUCUGAAUCAGAUCUACACAGAGCUCUACAUAACAGAGGGAGGGACUGGAGAGGUCAAUGAUGAACAUGAAGUCAGACAGAUAGAAACAGCAUCCAGAAAACCAGUCAGACCAGAAACAACCAUCAGACAAGAAGACAUUUUUAAAUCCUCACCUGGAAGAGCUGAACCAAUUAGAACAGUGAUGACAAAGGGAGUGGCUGGCAUCGGGAAAACUGUCUUAACACAGAAGUUCACUCUGGACUGGGCUGAAGACAAAGCCAACCGGGACAUACAGUUCACAUUUCCACUCACUUUCAGAGAGCUGAAUGUGCUGAAAGAGAAAAAGUUCAGCUUGGUGGAACUUAUUCAUCACUUCUUUACUGAAACCAAAGAAGCAGGAAUCUGCAGGUUUGAACAGUUCCAGGUUGUGUUUAUCUUUGACGGUCUGGAUGAGUGUCGACUUCCUCUGGACUUCCACAACACUGAGAUCCUGACUGAUGUCACAGAGUCCACCUCUGUGGAUAUGCUGCUGACAAACCUCAUCAGGGGGAAACUGCUUCCCUCUGCUCACCUCUGGAUAACCACACGACCUGCAGCAGCCGAUCAGAUCCCUCCUGAGUGUGUUGACAUGGUGACAGAGGUCAGAGGGUUCACUGACCCACAGAAAGAGGAGUACUUCAGGAAGAGAUUCAGAGAUGAGGAGCAGGCCACCAGGAUCAUCUCUCACAUCAAGACAUCACGAAGCCUCCACAUCAUGUGCCACAUCCCAGUCUUCUGCUGGAUCACUGCUACAGUUCUGGAGGAUGUGUUGAAAACCAGAGAGGGAGGAGAGCUGCCCAAGACCCUGACUCAGAUGUACAUCCACUUCCUGGUGGUUCAGACUAAACUGAAGAACGUCAAGUAUGAUGGAGGAGCUGAGACAGAUCCACUCUGGAGUCCAAAGAGCAGGAAAAUGAUUGAGUCUCUGGGAAAACUGGCUUUUGACCAGCUGCAGAAAGGAAACUUGGUCUUCUAUGAAUCAGAUCUGACAGAGUGUGACAUCGAUAUCAUAGCAGCCUCACUGUACUCAGGAGUGUUCACACAGAUCUUUAGAGAGGAGAGAGGGCUGUACCAGGACAAGGUGUUCUGCUUUGUUCAUCUGAGUGUUCAGGAGUUUCUGGCUGCUCUUCAUGUCCAUCUGACCUUCUUCAACUCUGGAGUCAAUCGGAUGUCAGAAGAACAAUCAACCUCCCAGAAGUCUGAACCAAGAGAAGAUAAAUCUGCAGAGUCAAACUUCUACCAGAGUGCUGUGGAUGAGGCCUUGAAGAGUCCAAAUGGACACCUGGACUUGUUCCUCCGCUUCCUGCUGGGUCUUUCACUGCAAACCAAUCAGACUCUCCUACAAGGCCUGCUGACACAGUCAGGAAGUGGCUCACACACCAAUCCAGAAACAGUCCAAUUCAUCAAGACAAAGAUCGAAGAAACUCCCUCUGCAGAGAAAAGCAUCAACCUAUUCCACUGCCUGAAUGAACUGAAUGAUUGUUCUCUGGUAGAGCAGAUCCAACAAUACCUGAUUUCAGGAAAUCUUUCUACAGAUAAACUCUCUCCUGCUCAGUUGUCAGCUCUGGUCUUCAUCUUACUGUCAUCAGAAAAAGAUCUGGAUGUGUUUGACCUGAAGAAAUACUGUGCUUCAGAGGAGGCUCUUCUGAGGCUGCUGCCAGUGGUCAAAGUCUCCAAGAAAGCUCUGCUGAGUGGCUGUAAUCUCUCAGAGAGAAGCUGUGAAGCUCUGUCCUCAGUUCUAAGCUCCCAGUCCUCUAGUCUGAGAGAGCUGGACCUGAGUAACAACAACCUGCAGGAUUCAGGAGUGAAGCUGCUGUUUGCUGGACUGGAGAGUCCACACUGUGCACUGAAAAUACUAAGUCUGUCAGGCUGUCUGAUCACAGAGGAAGGCUGUGCUUCUCUGGCCUCAGCCCUGAGCUCCAACCCCUCCCAUCUAAGAGAGCUGGACCUGAGCUACAAUCAUCCAGGAGACACAGGAGUGAAGCUUUUGUCUGCUGGACCGGGGAAGCCAUACUGGAGACUGGACACUCUCAGGGUCGAGCCUUGUGGAGUCCAAUGGUUGGAACCAGGUCUGAGGAAGUAUUCCUGUGAACUCACAAUCGACACAAACACAGUGAAUACAAACGUCAGACUGUCUGACAACAACAGGAAGGUGACACAUGUGAAGGAGGAUCAGUCAUAUCCUGAUCAUCCAGACAGAUUUGAAUACUGGCCUCAGCUGCUGUGUAGAGAUGGUCUCACUGGUCGCUGUUACUGGGAGGUCGAGUGGAGAGGAAUGGUUCAUAUGUCCGUGAGUUACAGAAGUAUCAGCAAGAAAGGAAACAGCUCAGAUUGUGUGUUUGGAUUAAACAAUCAGUCCUGGAGUCUGAGAGGCUCUGAUGAUGGUUACUAUGUCUGGCACAAUGACACACAAAAACCAAUCUCCUCCUCCCCCUCCUCCUCCUCUGUGUCUAACAGAGCAGCAGUGUAUGUGGACUAUCCUGCUGGCACUCUGUCCUUCUACAGAGUCUCCUCUGACACACUGAUCCACCUCCAUACCUUCAACACCACAUUCACUCAACCACUGUAUCCUGGGUUUGCAGUCUGGUGGUCUGGUUCCUCUGUGUCUCUGUGUUCAGUGUAG